AUGGACGCUGUAUCCGAUCCUUUGGCGCCCCUCCCUACACUCGACUCUGCUUCUGUCAUGCUCCGACUAGCAUCCGAAAAUGCACCCGGCGCAUGGUUUUCAGUACCGAUCUCCAUAUCGAUCCAUAGCCCGCUUACCAUCCUCGCCUCCGCUCUCGCUCCCACUCCCACUGUAGCUCCCACAAUCACUACAGCUGCAGCUACGAUCGUCGUUUGCCAACCUAAUCGUCUCCUCAAGGACAAGAAAGUCACGCUCCAGCACCUCAGCCCAGUUCUGUACAUUGCCAAUUUCCUUGAGCUUGUGCGCCGCAGCGUCGGCCUCACGCGCAAGCUUGACGUUCUCACGGCGCAGCCCGUCCGUCGCACGCUGUACAUCCUGAGCCUGCUUGUUCAGUACAGCGGCAUUGGAGUGCAGCGUCGAUGCGCGCCACUGAAGCUCCGAGUCCAUCAUGUUCUCCAGCGUUGCGACGACGGCACGACGAGCUUCGGCGACAUGGCGCUGCGUCUCGGCCGAGGGGAGCGUGGGCUGGAGGUGCGAAGAUGGAGGAGACGAUUGCUGCGCUGCCGAUGGAAUUUGCGCGUGGGCGGAGAUAACGAAGAAGACGAUGAUGACGAGGAGCCUGUCGCAGCGGCCGAAGAGGCGGGUUGUUGCGAAGAAGCCGCUGCAGCUGACAUGAUGAAUAUAAGACCAAGUCGCUGGUCUGUUGGCUUAGCUUGA